UGUUGUUGUCCUGCCCCUCCCCCGUCGGAACUCCGCAGCUGCCCCGCGCUCUGGGGCAGUCGCUCCAGCUCCCAGCACCCGGGACUGCGGACUCCGCGACCCUGUGCUAGGGCCUUUCUGCGCCGAAGGAGCCGGGGACUGCGCAGCGCCCCGCGUGCCGGUGAGCGACCCCGGACGUGCAGUUCCCAGACAUGGGAAAGUCUCUUUCUCACUUGCCUUUGCAUUCAAGUAAAGAAGAUGCUUAUGAUGGAGUCAUAUCUUCUGACAAUAUGAGGAAUGGACUGGUUAAUAAUGAAGUCCAUGGUGAAGAUGGAAGAAAUGGAGAUGUCUCCCAGUUUCCAUAUGUGGAAUUUACAGGAAGAGAUAGUGUCACUUGCCCCACUUGUCAGGGAACAGGAAGAAUUCCCAGGGGGCAAGAAAACCAACUGGUGGCAUUGAUUCCAUAUAGUGACCAGAGAUUAAGGCCAAGAAGAACAAAGCUCUAUGUGAUGGCUUCAGUGUCUGUCUGUCUGCUCCUUUCGGGAUUGGCCGUAUUUUUCCUUUUCCCUCGCUCUAUCGAUGUGAAAUACAUUGGCGUAAAAUCAGCAUAUGUCAGUUAUGAUGUUCAAAAGCGUACAAUAUAUUUAAAUAUCACAAAUACUCUAAAUAUUACAAACAAUAACUAUUAUUCUGUUGAAGUUGAAAACAUCACUGCUCAAGUUCAGUUUUCAAAAACAGUUAUUGGAAAGGCACGCUUAAACAACCUAACCAAUAUUGGUCCACUUGAUAUGAAACAAAUCGACUACACAGUACCUACUGUUAUAGCAGAGGAAAUGAGUUACAUGUUUGAUUUCUGUACACUGCUAUCCAUCAAAGUACAUAACAUAGUGCUCAUGAUGCAGGUAACUGUGACAACAACAUACUUUGGCCACUCUGAACAGAUAUCCCAGGAGAGGUACCAAUAUGUUGACUGUGGAAGGAACACAACUUACCAGUUGGGGCAGUCUGAAUAUCUAAAUGUACUUCAGCCACAAGAGUAAAAACUGAAAGAGGUACAUCUAGAGGAGAACAAAUAUCUAUUGAUAUUUUCCAUACUCGUAAAGAGUUGUUGUUUCCUAAUAGGAGAUCUUAAAUUGAACAAACCUAAAGUUUACACUUCUAUUUUAAGAGUACAGUUAAAUGUGGACUUAUAAAAAAUCUCCACUCAGUGUUAAUGAUAUAUUUGUACAAGGAUCUUUUACUUGAAUCUAAAUUUACUGAUUGAUUUUCUUCUACCCCUUAUCUCCAAGGGAGAAAAACUGAGAUUUCCCCUAUAGUAAAAUAAACAAUUACUUGAAAAUCAUAGUUCUAAUCAUUACUGAAAACAUAAUUUUAGUGAUGAACAUAAUUUGAGAAACGUUAUUUCUGAAUGUUUUUAUAGAAAAUUACUGAAAGCCCUAUUAUUCAUGGAAGACUUUUAAAGAAUGACCUUUUUUUCCUGUUUUAUAAAUUCCCAUUGUUACAUAGUAGUAUUUCAACUACAUGAUAUUUUAGCUUUUAGCUAAAUGUUUUUAGCUUUUCAUUUAUUGAAAUUCUUAUUUGCAUGUUUUUGUCAGUCUUAUUUCAAGCUAGUGGUUGUAUAACACUUAUAACCAAAAUAAUCUUUGAAAAAUUCCAUAACUAAAAUUUUUAAAAGCCCUUAAAUAAUGUGUUUCAUGUUUUUCCAUAUUAGUUAUACUUUUGUGGACUUUUUGUGUGAUCUUCAAACAGUCAUCUAAUGUAUAAUAUUGUAAAUAAAUAAACUGUGCAUGGCUUUUAUACAGCUUUAAUAAAUGUCAAAUAAAAUGGUACUGAUUCAAAAUUAAAGCAAGUUGCUCAUAAAAAGAAAUAAAAUAGAAAAAUGAAAUUCAGAAACUCAUAGAAUGGGAAUAGGUUCCAAUUACAUGUUAGAUCUGGCAUAAAAUAGAUUUGAAAUAAAAUAUUUUGAUUCUCCAUUUUCUUAUGUUGCUUUUCAUACUAAAUAAUGGUAUGAAACUAACAACUAUUAGGGACCUACUUAAUCAAAUUUACGAAUGUUUUACAGGAGGAAAGUAUUUCUUUGAUAGAAUUAUUCAAGAAAUCCUGUCGUUAAAUGAUGGUGGCUAUACCGAAAAAAAACCUAUAUAAAAAUGUAAUCACUUUGCAUAUCAUAUGGAUAUGAUGCCUCUAGCAGUUAUAUUUUUAAAGUCUAGUUUUUGUUUUAAUUUUAUUUAAAAUUGUUUUCAAAAUGGAUUAUUGACUUAUUCACUUAGCUGUUUUAUAUUUUCAAUACCAUUUCCCAUUUUUGAUCUUUUUUAGCAUUUUCACUUACCAAUUUCUAAGGACCUUUUAAAUAUAUACCACAAAGUAUAGGGGCUAAGUAUGAUACCAAAAAAGUAAGUGGGUUGAGGUUAAUUUCCUUCUGUUUUCUAGUGACAGAAAUCAAGUUUCCCUUUCCCCACCCCCAAAGUGCCUAACUUAGGUCUGAAACAGCCUAUUUAUUAGUUUGACUCUCUCAACUGUAAAACAUAAACUUUAUUUAAUUUUUCAAUUUUGCUUUUAAACACACUCAGGUCUUCUUAGCUUUCAUAUUAUUUUCUCUAAGUUUUCCUGAGUGAAAACUCUUAAUCCAUUGCUAACUCAGCCAUCCUUACUAUUAAACCCAAAUCACCCUUUUAAAUUCAUUGUGGACUUUCUUGUCAAAACCAAUCUUUAUUUUCAUUUUUCCUCUGCUGUGUUUUCCUGACUAUGACCAUUCUCAUUAAAACUGUACACUUCUCUAAUAUAUUAAUUUUGUAUUUUUCAAAUCAUUUUCAUUUCCUAUCAUUUUCUCAUUUUGACAUCAUCUGUGUCUGUGUAUGAUUUAGGCCCCCAUUUCUCCCAAAUUUUCUAAUCCUGUGACUUCAAAAAUCACCUGUAUCUAUAGUAGGGCUUCCAAAUCUGUUUCUCCAUACCUGACCAGUUCCCUAAUCUGGUUUAUUUAGCUAGUGACCUAGAGAUGCAGUACUUCAAUGACUCUGUGUGUUAAAUUUGAUCAUAUAGUUUCUAUUUUGUUCCCACCCUAUCCUCAUGUUCCAUUUACUUCAAAAUCACCAUUCAUUUCUUGAAAAUCAUCAGUUAGAUAGGCCUCAUACAAAAAUCAACCCUUAUUUACUUUUCCUGCUUUGUGUCUUUUAACCUUGGGAAAUUACAUUGUAUAAAUUAAACAGAUUUUUUCUUAUAGUUUGUGAAUCUUACAUCCUGUUAUAGUGUAUGCACAGUAUCUCUUGAAGUGAUAGGAAAAUGGAAGGAACAUUUAGUGACUCAAAUCUUUAUCUUUUAAAUUCAGAAUACUUUAUUAUAUCUAGGUUCAGUGGAGUUUGAGUCAGAAAAAAGCUAGAAUUUAAAACAAAUUAAAAAAUAGCAAAAGAGAAAUAAGGAUUACCUGUGAGUAUCAGAGUUAAGUAACUGCCAGAACAAAACAGGCCGCAAAUUAAUAAAACCGUACAAACGCAUUCAGGUGAAGCAGAAGUAUAGCCAUAAAAAAUCUGGGAAGAAUGAAUGAAGCUUUUAGUUUGUCUUAGGUCAAUGCCCAAUGCGAUUUCUUACAUGGGAAUAGGGUAAGUGUCAAUAUAUUUUUUAAAAUUGCUCUCAAACUUUAUCCAGAGGACAUGAUAAAGAUGUUAAAAAUUUUUUUCUGAUACAUCCCAGAAUGACUUGUUUUUAAGUUACACCGUUACAGACUGGUCAUUCUAACCAAUCCAGUACUGUAACAAGCCUCUGUGCAUUGAUAGCAUUUAUAGCAUGUUGGCCCUUCUUAGAGUUCUUUCAUGUUUUUCUUACAUGAUUUCCUAUAGUCGUAGGAGGAGUCAGUCAAAGGAGAGUAAUAGGAUCCUCAUCUUUAAGAAGAGUAAGGAGAGGCAUGGAGAAGUUGAAGGACUGCUGAAGAUCACAUAUUUAGUAAAUAGUUUAAUUGGACACAGAUCUAGUUUUUCUGCCUCCCAUAUCUGUACUCUGUCAUUUAAAAUGUCCAUUGGAAAGCCCAGCUGACUCAGGUUAGUCUGAUUAAAAGAAGAAAAAUUUGCAUAGCUAAAAAUAGUGACAAUCAAAACCAUAUUGAUGGACUAAGAUUUUGGCAGCUUUAAGUUGCUAUCUGAAAUAUUUUAAGUGGGGAAUGAACACUUGUAAAAUGCUUUGGAGCAUAAUCUAUAGCUUAAUUUUUCUUCUAAAAUUUAGUACUCCUUGAUUCCAAUAAAGAUAAGACUGAUGUAUUGUCAGAGUAAAUUACUUAUGAAUAAUAUAGAUAUAUUUGAGAUUUGAAAUAAGAGUAUGAAAAUAUUAGAUUCCAGAGAAAUUGCUUGAAAUUGUUAAAUGACUAUAUUAUAGUACAUAACAUUUAAAUGACUUGUGUGCCGUUUUUCUGUGUCUUUUUUGUUUGUUUUGGUCAAUGAGUUAAUUAUUUUCUCUAAAAAAAAAAUCAUGACAAGAAAAUAUAACUCCAGAUCGGAUUUAUAGUUUGGAAAUGGGAAUGCAAUCCAUAGGAGAUGACUGUCAAAACACAAUAAAAGUAAUAUAUUAGUAGACUUGAAACUUUAGCCUCGUGAAUCCUUUGUGGUUCUGAGCCUUAUUAUUACUAAUAAUUCUGGAUAUUUCAUUGGAGAAUAUGUCCCCAACUCUCCUGCACUCCCCCCAUUUUGUUUAUUUGUUUUUUUAAAUUCUUAGAAUAAAUAGUUCUUUAUAUAAUUAUAUUUUAUUUAAGAAAAUUGUUAGGUACUUUUUAAAAGAUGUAAAUUUUUAAAUUUACAAAUAUAUAUCAGUCUUCUUUGAUAAGCAAUAUCAAUUGAAUUUCAAGUUAUUAGGUUAUAAGCAAAAGGUUACUUAUAAUGUUAUCAGGUAAUGAUUUUUAGCUCACAAUAUCUGGAAGCAACAACUACUUGGCUCAAGUACGUAUAAGAGUAAUUAGUUUUAUUUCUCUCUUUUUUGUAAAAUCAGAUUUUAAAUGAGAUGUUUAUUUUAAACUAUUUUAAGGAAAAAAUAUUGUGUGUUUCAGAUGGUGGGGUAAAAGACUUUACAUGUUAUUUCUUUAAAAAUUAUUUUUACAUUAAAACAAAAUAUAUUUGUGACAUGCUCAGAUCAAAAAUUAACUUCUAUAUCCCAGAUCUACUUAUUUCAAAGUAAAAAUUUUCACUUGUCAGUGGAAAUUUCUGAUUAGAACUAAAAUUUAUGUAUUUUUGUGCUUAGAAUAUAAGUUUUACCAUAGAUUUUUUGAAAUUUAUCAUUAAUUUGAAUAAAAUUAAGUGAUGCAAAGUUAUAAGAAUAAAAUAGUAAUUUCCAUUUUUUUAAACUAAUGUGAUUAUGUUUGUAGUUCCUUUUACAAGUGUUUAACACAGGUUCUCAAUUAGAGAAUAUAGCAUGAUCUGUAUUUGACCCUAAAAAUAUUCUAUAAAUUAAUUUAACAAGUAUAUGGCAAAUUUUUCAUAGCAAAACUAGCUCUUCUAGAAGGAAGUUGUUGCCAUCUGUUUAAUUACAUUAAUUGAAAUGUGUUUAAGAGAAAUGUUUUCAGCAUAUUUUGUAUACUAAAAAACAAAAAGGAUUAGUAUUGGGCCAAUGGCCAAAAGGUAAUAUUACUACCAUGUAGACUGUUACCGUUAAAAUUGUCCCACUCCCCCCAGAAUUUUAGAAACUAGAAGUCUGGGAGAUACUAUAGCUGCUGUAGUUGGGUGAUUCUAAGUGCUGUCAGUACUUUCAUUUUUUAAUUAUGUGAGAUGAAACAAAUGCCAAGUUGCAAAAGAUGCAGAUUUCCUUAUCUAAUGGUUGGUUUUAGGCAUAAAAUAUCAUGCCAGCCAUGCCUUGUGUGUUUUGUCUUAUAUUUUCCUUCAGAACUAAACUAAAAAAGAUUUUGGGAAAUGAUUUGAAAUGCUUGCUCACUUGACCCACUUGGUCAGAUACUUGAAUGAUGGUGUUACUAGAUUCUAACCACUGAUUCUAAUUGUAGAAUAAAGAAUAAUAUAAAAUGUGAGAAUAUGUUUGGGCACUUAGUCUUUGUUUAUAUUAUGUAGUAGCCUCCAUCAUGACACAUUUAUUAAAUUUAUGAACUAAGCAGUUCUGUAAUUAUAACCAUGGUUGCUAUUCAUGUAACAAAACACACCAUGUAACAAAACAUGAUAGUAGCAAAUAGAAAUGCCCCCAAAUGCUAUUUUUUUAAUUCAGUUGUAACUGUCACUCUUGUAAUUGUGUAUGACACAAUAAAAUUUGUAAACAUUUUAGCAUGAAAAAUAAAAUUUGUAUCACUCA